AUGCAGACCUACAUUGUUUACAUGGGUGAUCAUCCUAAGGGCGUCAAAUCCACAGAAUUACUUCAUAAUAGUAUGGUUCAGCAUGUCCUCGGCAGCAAAUUUGCACCAGAUGCUUUGCUGCAUAGCUACAAGAAGAGUUUUAAUGGGUUUGUGGUAAAGCUUACAGAAGAGGAAGCAGGGAGAAUGGCAGAAUUGGACGGUGUAGUCUCAGUUUUCCCAAACAAAAAGAAUAAGCUCCAAACAACAAGGUCUUGGGACUUCAUAGGCUUCCCUCAAAAUGUCAAAAGAACAACUAUAGAGAGCGACAUAAUCAUUGGAGUAAUUGACUACGGGAUUUGGCCUGAGUCUGAAAGUUUUAAUGACAAAGGAUUUGGUCCACCACCAAAAAAAUGGAAGGGCACUUGCCAUAACUUUACCUGCAAUAAUAAAAUAAUUGGAGCAAAAUAUUUUCGCAUGGAUGGUGCCUAUGGAAAAGAUGACAUGAUAUCUCCAAGGGAUUCAUUUGGGCAUGGAACUCAUUGUGCAUCUAUUGCUGCUGGAAACUCAGUUAGUUCUGCGAGUUUUUUUGGCUUAGCCUCAGGAACUGCAAGAGGGGGAGUUCCAUCAGCACGUAUUGCUGUGUACAAACCAUGUUGGGUGUCAUCAGGGUGUGAUGAUGUUGAUGUGCUUCAUGCAUUUGAUGAAGCAAUUGCUGAUGGUGUUGACAUCAUUUCCAUUUCACUAGGACCUGUUCAAGUAGUGUAUCCAUUCUAUUUCAACGAUGUAUUUGCAAUUGGAGCUUUCCAUGCAAUGAAGAAAGGCAUAUUAACAUCCCAUUCUGCUGGUAAUAAUGGUCCACAGACUUACACAAUCUCUAAUAAUGCACCAUGGUUACUUUCUGUAGCUGCUAGCACUACUGACAGAAAGUUUUUAACCACUGUUCGAUUGGGUGAUGGUACCCUUUAUGAGGGAAUUUCAGUAAAUUCAUUUGAUCUGAAAAAUGAAAGCUAUCCAUUAAUUUAUGCUGGAGAUGCAGCCAACAUUACCGGAGGAUACAAUCGUAGCACAUCCAGGCUUUGCCUCGAAAAUUCUUUAGAUGAAAAUUUGGUGAAGGGAAAGAUUGUUCUAUGUGACGGCUUUCAAGUUCCUUCAUCUGUGGGAUUGGUUUCUGGGGCAGCUGGCAUUAUAUUUAGCAGUGUAACGCCCAAAGAUGUGGCAUUUACAUUUGCAUUGCCAGCGAUUCUCCUCAGCCGAAAAGAUGGGACACUGGUACACUCUUACAUAAAUUCAACAAGCAAUCCAUCAGCCAUUAUCUUUAGGAGUGAUGAAGGCAAAGACUCGUUAGCCCCUUACGUAGCUUCAUUCUCGUCCAGAGGUCCAAAUCCAAUCACUCCAGAAGUUCUUAAGCCUGAUAUAGCCGCUCCAGGAGUUGACAUUCUUGCUGCAUGGUCUCGUGUUGGUUCUGUUUCUGGUGUCAAAGGUGAUAAGAGAAUAGCUAACUACAAUAUAGAGUCUGGGACUUCAAUGGCAUGCCCUCAUGCUAGUGCAGCAGCUGCCUACAUCAAAUCAUUUCAUCCUGAUUGGUCUCCUGCAGCAAUCAAAUCGGCAUUAAUGACCACUGCUACCCCAAUGAGUGUCGCACUUAAUCCCGAAGCCGAAUUUGCUUAUGGUGCAGGCCAACUUAACCCCAUCAAGGGAGUGAAUCCAGGCUUAGUAUAUGAUAUUAAUGAAAUUGAUUAUGUCAAGUUUCUAUGUGGACAAGGAUAUGAUACCAAAAAGCUACGAUCUAUUACAAGUGAUAAUAGCACUUGUACACAAGCUAAUAAUGGAACUGUUUGGGAUCUUAAUCUCCCAUCUUUUGCUCUUUCCACAAACACCUCAAUAUUUUUUAGUGCUGUUUUCCACCGAACUGUUACCAAUGUUGGAUUGGCUACAUCAAGAUAUAAAGCUAGAGUAACUACACCUCCAUCUCUAUUAAGCAUCAAAGUGGAACCAGAGGUUUUGUCCUUCUCAUCUGUGGGUCAAAAGAUGUCCUUCAGUCUUACCAUUGAAGGGAUAAUUAAUGUGGAUGUAGUUUCUUCAUCCUUGAUUUGGGAUGAUGGCACUGCCCAAGUAAGGAGCCCGGUUGUUGUGUAUGUUGGACAAAAUUAA